GGAGGCUUUGGCAUCGGCUUGAUGCGCAAGGACUUGAGGCUGGCCAUCAUCGCGGCGAAGGAGGCUGGCGCUGAGCUUCCUCUGGCCGAGAAAGCGUCAGAAGUGUACCAGGCCGCCGAGGCGGAGGAGAGGUGUAAGGGACGUGAUUUUUCAGUUGUGUAUCGGUGGCUGGGUGGAAAGGAGUAAUUUUCGCUCAUGUGCAGGGUGCGUGUUGAAUGUCUACCUCGCAUCUUGUCUCAAUAUACCAGCCCUGUCACAUUGUCCGUCAGCCCUGUCUCUCGGCUUCCUGGCUGUGCCAAAUGGUUGGAUGGCAGCCCAGUCCCACCGUUUCAAAGCGGGAUGUUGUUGCAUUUCUCGGCCUACUCGUUUGCUGCCCUUCAACACUUUCCGUUCCCGUUUCCAACCGCAUGGCAGUCUUUCGGCUUUUUUCCGUCCCCGCGAAAGCCCUACUGGACCACAGAGUCGGCUCAGCAACGAUGGAGAGCAAAGGACCCGAACUACAGCAUCCUCAGCUUCACAACCUCCAACGAGGAAUUUCCGUUUCGCCGUCAAACUCUUUGCAACUCGCCUGCUCGAUGCGACGAGUUCCAAAAGUGUUGGGACGUUUCUGCGCACCGAACAUCAUCCGCACGACGACGCUUAUGAGGAGGCGGACGAAAAUGUAGGACACCUACGAUCCAGUCGCACUACUCUGUUCGACUGCUUCGAUUGGGCAGUAUCCCCAUUGUCUGGCCGAAUUUGGACGCCUCUCUCCUGCUCCACCACCACUCGAGAGCGGACCGCUCACUCCGAGUCAGUUUCUUUCAGUACUCAUUUUGAGGGUGAGCUCACCACAACCGACGAGGUCCUCGCUCCUGGGGAAAUAGAGCGUGUUGACGCAGACGAAGAUGAUCGCUGGCCCUUUCAAGCUCAGGAGGUGCCCGGACAAUCUCUUUUCCCUCCUUCCGCCCUGCAGAGAUCGCAAUCAUCUGUGACGACCCGGAGCAUCCCUUCGACUCAAACCCAUUACGAGUCCGUAUCGGCCAACAACAGCUCUAUUUCAAACAGAGCUUGGAGGAUGGCGACGAGUUCGCAAAGAAAGUCGAGAGGUACGAACGGAUUGCUCGGGCCAAUUUUGGAGCCGGCGUUCGUACGCCCCCCCUCUACGGGGUUGUUCGGAAUGAAAGGAACCAGCUGGCCGGCUUGCUGCUCUAUCCCAUCGAGGAAGACGCUCCUCUUUCUUCCGCGCUGAGACUGGGCACCCCUGAUGGCUUGAGGGAUCGAUAAGCGCAGCAGAUUCAGGAUACAGUGGCUGCCCUGCACCAGGCCGGCAAUAUUUGGGGAGGUGCCAAACACGGCAAUGUGUCUCAUCGAUGUCCAUGGCGAUGCGUGGAUUGUUGAUUUGGAGGCGGCCGGACUGAGGGAUGGGUUGAUGCCAACAAGGCGGGAACAGUCGAUGGGGAUCUGCAAGCCCUUGGGCGCAUCAUGGAGUCCAUCGCGAGCGGCGGAGGGGAUAUCAACUAGCUUAGGCGGCGUCGCUUGGCUCACUCAGAGCCUGGAGGUCUUCAGCCACAUCCACGUCGGUUGAUCAGCUCUUUGCUUUGUUCUU